CUGUACUGUGACGCUCUCGGAUGUUUAUCAUCUUCACAUAAAGAAACUCGUUAGAAAUUCUGACCGCUUACCGGAAACUUAUUUAGACCUUUUGAUUUCUUCUACGAAACAAAAUAUAAACAUCAUGAACAUAACAACAGUCUCAGAUUGAGCCUCGAACGCGUAUGGACGGCGUCGACCUCCUGGACUUUUCAUCUGUGUUUAUUCACCUUUUUGGAACAUAACAACUUGUUAUAUGGAACAUAGCUUGACCGUUCUGGCACCCAGAAACAGGAAGUGAGAGUCAUGACAGCUGUCCCCGUUCCACCGCCCCUUAUCCCCCCUCCACCACCCCCUCCUGCUCCAGCCAGCGGUCUGACCCGUGUGGACUCCGGCCGUAAAAACAGGCUCCGAAAACUCAACUGGGAGCAGAUCCCAAGAGAGCGCGUGGAGGGUCGCAGGAGCGUGUGGAGCGAUUCGUUAGAUGAAGACAAGGAGGUGCCAAUUGAUCUGAACUCUCUGGAUGAGCUCUUUGGGCAGAAAGAGGGCGGCAAGCUAGACAGGGCCAACAGCUUUCGGCAAAGUUUGCUGCGUUGCGGGUCUCCCCAGGAGACUACCGUUGACAAAGUUUCACUGCUUGACUCCAAACGCAGCAUGAACGUUGGAAUAUUCCUACGGCAAUUGAAAAUUGCUGCCUGUGAUAUUGUGGAGGAUGUGAGGCGGGGGUCCGGCGAGCGUUACGGGGCGGAGAAACUGUCAGAGCUCUGCAAACUUCUGCCUGAUAAAGAUGAGGAGGCCAGAUUAAAGAAGUUCAACGGAGACCGUAGUUUCCUGCCAGAAGCAGAUCUCUUCGUACUCCUGCUGGUGGAGUUACCCAGCUUUCGCAUGCGUCUGGACGUCAUGAUGCUCCAGCAGGAGUUUGACCUGGCGGUGACCUCCCUCUGUGCGGCGGCCAGAUGUCUGCGGGAGGCGGCUGGAGAGCUGCUGAGCUGCACCGAGCUUCACUAUAUCCUGCGGUUGGUGCUCAAGGCGGGAAACUACAUGAACGCUGGAGGUUAUGCAGGGAAUGCUGCUGGAUUCAGGAUUUCCUCUUUACUCAAACUGGCCGACACCAAAGCCAACAAACCAGGCAUGAAUCUCCUCCAUUUUGUUGCUAUGGAGGUUGUGAAGAAGAAUAAAGACCUUCUAAUGUUUAACAGCCACUUGACUCACGUCAGUCCAGCAUCAAGGUUAUCGGAGGCGUCUGUAGAAGAGGAUUUAUCCCGCCUGCUUAGUCGAGUCGCAGAUCUCAGAGUCAAAGCUCAGUCGGACGCCGAGAUCGAGCAGCAGACGAGAUCUUUUCUGGAGGAUGUAGACGUGAGGCUUCAGGAGGCUCAAGAUGAGGUGGAGAGCUUACAGAAGACCAGUAAAGCCCUCAUGGAGUUUUUAUGUGAUGAUGAGAAAUCCUUCAAACUGGAGGAGGCCUGCUUCACCUUCCACUGCUUCUGCCAACGAUUCCAGAAAGCUGUGCGGGAGAACACAGAACGAGAGCUGCAGGAGCAGCGGCGUGCGGCUCGCGAGCGUGAGAACGUGGAUAAGCGACGCUCUCUGGCCUUGUGCACCGGACUGGAGGUGGAGCGGGAAUCGGACGACCUGGAACACGCUCUUCAGAAAAGCCUAAGAUACACGGGAUGCCGUCGAAGCUUGCACAGAAAUAUGAAGUCUGACAACCAGCCGAGAGACUCCGUGUUUAAAACACAGUCGCUACAGAACGACACCAAUACAGCCGAAACUGGACAGAGUAGGUCUGAAAAAGAGGGUCAGUGUUUAAGCACAGAUUCAGCAUGUGGACUUCAACGGGUUCCAGCCGACACACCGGAUACUAUGAAAAGCCCCUCUAGGUUGAAUACGAGGAGAGUCCCAAGUGAUGGUACUUUAGUUGUGCUUGCAGAAAGCGAUAUCACGUCACAACACCAGGAGGCAGUGAAUGUCUUGCCUCUCACAGGACUAUCCCCUAACAGAGUUUUGAAAGUUGAGAAACGGGUUCAAGAUGCCUCUGAAAGGCUGGUAGUGACCGACGCACCUGAGGACACUGGGAAGAAGGACAAAGUGUUAAGCGAAAGAAGUGGAAACGACACAGUGGCUCAGUCAGAAAUAAUGCCACAGACAAAAGCUAAAACUGACUCUAGCCUAGAAGGAGAGAAUUGGUUGAGCUUAUCUCCUGCUGAAACGAGUCCAUCUCUGAUAGAAAAUCUUGAGCCAUGUAGCCCAGAAAGAGAGCAUGUUUACCCACGGGUAGGGGAGGUGCUGGAGUGCCAUACCCUGGUGAGAGGCCUACGCUCAUAUGAAAGCCUUUCACCAGCUGUGGUGCGGCCAGCCACCAAUCACUGUUCCAAAUGGAAGAAAGAGCGGGAAGCUGAAAAGAGGGUCGGCGCCAGCUCGCUGCACGCUAAGGAUGAAUCCCGUCUUGUGAAGACAUCGACUCGAGGGUCAAGUAAAAGAUCUCUCGCACCCCGCGGAGGACCCUCCAACAGCAGUGGGAUUUCAAGGGUGCGCACUAAGGCGGAGCCGAUAUCUUCCAACGGCUUGUCAGGAAGUCACGGAUCGCGCCCUUUUCCUUCACGUUCCGCAUCAGUACGAUCAACGCAAGUCACCAGCAACCAGAAUGAACUUAAACACAACGCCGGUGCGCCACCGAAAACGAAUGUCCAGUCUGACACAAAGCAAAAGCGUAACGCUUCAGAAGCGGUGAAGGGCAAAAGCCACGAGCAGUUUGUAAGGGGCUCACCGUUGCGAGUGUCCAAACGCUACGCGCCCAUCUCUGACCCCAAGACUCCCAACACUUCACAUAGCCCAACUGAUGCUACGACGGCCAAGACGAUUCGCACUGCCGUUAUCAAUGCAGCCAAAGCCAAGGUUGCCAAGAGACCUGACCCUAAAACUCCCAGACCUGUCCCCCAACCCACGUGGAGAUAAUAUUUGAUUCUUACUUUCUAAGGAGCAGUCGCUUGACAUAGUUAAUGGAUUUUUUUCCCACUAAAUAAAGUAGGCAUUCAUACUAUCUGAUCAGAAUGGACACUGUAAAGGAUCAGACAUUAAGACUCAUUCAGCACUGUUUUAGCUUCAAGCUCUACCUCUGAACACUAUAUUGUGCUCUGUGCAGGUAACAGCGCACCUCAGAAGGCAAGUUUGAUGCAAUUUCUGACAACCUUCCUUCAAUAAGUGUUUGCCUUGCCAUGUUAGAAUGUUUCCUCUAUAUCAGGGCAUCUAUUAAAUUUUUAAUCUGCCAUAGCCAGAGAGACUAGAUGACUGAACACGGGACUAAUGCGCCUUCACUUCUUGGACUGAUACAGUCACAUUGACUGCACCUCAGUUUGGUACACAACGAUGCAAAGUAUGUUCUUCGGGAUUUAGCAUUAUAACUUAUUAUAUUUACAAAGUAAAUUUGUUGUCAUUUUAAACUUUGAUGCACUUUACAGAUAAAAGAGAUUAUAUUCUGUUAAAAAUGUCUGUAUAGUAAUCUGCUGUACUGAUGUGUAUUUUGUAUCUAUGAAAUGUUAAAUUAACAUUUGUAAAAAUAGUUGCCUUUUGUAUUAUUUGUAAACUGAGAAUUAAUAAAUAAAAGAUGAUAUAUUGUGAA